AUGUUCUCUUACGUCGAUCGCUACAAGGCGAAACUCUUGAUCAAGUUGCCGACACAGAUAUCCGACCGAGACGGAUCCUUGUCAGUCUUUUCGACGGCAACUGCUCAUACAUAUAAGGAGCAAUCCCAACAGGGUGGAAAUGACACGGCAACAGGACCAGCUCCGGUCUCCGCUCAGCCUACUGCGAAGAAUAACAGCCCUGUCGUGGUUUCUCACACCCCAGAGAAGCACUUUGCACAUUCAAGGUCUGAGGAUGAGAAUCCUUCUAGAGAGCAGACUUCCAUUGCUGCAUCAGCAGCACCUCGUCGAAGGCUGCAGAAUAAGAAACAGCGCCGAUUUUUCUCUAAAUCCUACUCUGGUGUGAGGAAGCUUUCUUCAACGAAGAAAGCUCUAAAUAUAUAUAAUAACAAUCGUCGGCACAACUAUGUGGCCGCACUACAGGCUCUGGCGACGACCAAGGAGGUCCGAGACCUUAUCGAAGUGUCCACCGAGGCACCAUCAUCCUCGUCGCCUAUGCUGGACCCGGCGCCCCAGGCAGAUGUCAGACUUGCAGAUGACGCCAAAGUGGUACCCCAUGUCCAACGUUGGUGUGAUCCAAUCCAGGAUCACAGCACUGGGGUGAAGGACCUAGAGCUCCAUUUUCGAGGGUUGAGCGUAGCGGACCCUGUCGAUGCCUUGGCCGAGCAAUUCUCAGCGCUGUGCAUCACACCAUCGGAUCCGGUCGACGCAAUAUUCGAGGACUUCUGGGGCUUGUCCAUCACCGGAAGACGGUCGUGGUGUUCAGAAGCGAGCAAGGCAGAGAAACCUGUGUGGAGCGACUGCCUUGCUCCAAAGUUUGAAAUCGAAGACGUGGAAAUGUCUGGUCUGGAUCCCGAGGAUGAGACCAAUAGCCGGAGACUUCCUCAAAGGCCAAGUGAGGGGUUUUUGAGGGAUGUCAUGACGGACGGUACCGAGGAAACGAAGGUUGUGCUUCAUACUUGGUGGUCGCCUACUCUCAUUGCGCCAGGGCAAGAUGUCACCAUGGGCGGCACUUAA